AAAACCUAAGCAUACCGUGCUCUAUCUUUUUGUUAAUAUGUUGAUGCGAGUUUCGUGUUUCGUUGUUGUUCCAGUCCAGUUUCAUCUUUUGACAACUCAUAAAGAUAUAAAAUUUUUUUGCUAGUUAUUUAGCUUAUUUAUUAUUUAACAUUUUUCAAUUUUGUAUGCUCUCUUGAAAUAUUGAAUUUCCAAAUGGAUUUUCAAACCAGAUUGAGUCAACUUUAUGACGAUCUCAUAAAUCUUGGGUAUCCAGCAGGAAGUAUUAAAAAGGAAGAUUUUUGCAAUGCAUUCUGCAACUCGCAGCCAAAUAUGUUGUUUGUCAACAUUUCAGCUUGGUUGAGUGUUCAACUAGUAGAGUUCUCCUCUGUUGAAAGUAAAAUUAGCCCAUUUGAAGAAGGAGAUGAUUUUCUAGGAUUUAUGGUCGAAAUAAGUUCUUUGUUGAAAGAACUAAAUUGCCCCAUUAAGAAAAUUUCUAGUGGACCAUUAGACAGUAGACUGUCUAAUUCUCAAGACCAGACUGAUGCUCUAGUUUUUCUGUGUUCUGAACUUCAAGCAGCUAAGCUGAUUUUCCUAAAGAAACCUAAAGAGUCUACACCAAUGAAAAUUGAAUUAGAAGAAUCAAGAACAGCUAAAGAAUUAAAAGAAAUGUUAAUAGCUCUAAGUUUUGGAAAGCCUCCUGAUAGCAUAACUACUCAAAUGCUUUUUGGAGAAGUUGAUAAAAAGGUUAAGUUAUUAAGUCAACCUUUGCCACCCAAAAACUUUGUGGAGGAACGACUUUUCUCUGGAUACUUGACUGAAAAGCAGUGGUUUCAGAUUGAUGAUAUGUAUCGAGAAUUAUUUCAAGAAUAUCAAACAAGAAGGCAGCUUUUAAUUACCAGACUUGAAGUGACAGUUGAAUCAUUUUUAUGGUCUGAUAGAUUGAAGAAUAAAGUAGAAGAAAUUCGAAAUAUGUUUAACAAGCAGAAACCUCAGUUAUCUUUAAAACCUCUUGUGAAAAUUUCAGACAUUCUUGCUGCGUCAAGUGAUUUGCUUACAAUUGAAAAAACUAGUUGUGCUGCUGUUAGAAAAAAUACCAAAUGUACCAUAAACAAAGUUAUAAUUGGUUCGGUUCCAGAUCGUGGUGGUCGGCCAGAAGAGCAACAGCCUCCCCCACCUGAGAUUCCCAGCUGGCAAAAGAAUGAUUCUUCCUCAAGGGGUGGCUUUAACAAAUCUGCUGACAACAGGUCUAGGCAAGGAGAUAAUUCAUAUCAGCAAGAUAGGCAAAGACAAUAUCAAGCUCCUAGGGAUGAUCGGCAAAGAAAAGAUCAGCACUAUAGUCAUGAUAAUUCCCGUCAACAAUUUAGGAACCGUGAUCCAUAUAAUAUGAACGACAUGGCUAGGCAGCCGCCAAUCAAUGCAAACAGAAUGGAUUACAAUCCUGUGUUCACGCCUGUUCAGCAAGUUAAUCCAUACACCUCUCAAUUUGGAUUCGGUGGCUAUGGUCCAGCUGGAGAUAACUUUUCUCAAUUUGGAGGCUAUGGGCAAUCUGCACCUGUUGGAGGAGAUGGUCAUGGUCAUAGAGGUGGUGGUGGUCGUGGAGGCGGAGGGAACUAUCGGGGAUCUAGACCUUAUCGUGGUAAUCCAAGGGGAGGAAGAAAUCGAUAUUAGUUAUAUUGUAUUUACUAUUUAUAUUAAAAAGUCUGCUGUUUUGUUAACAUAUGUAUACCUUUGUUAUUUCCGUAAUAGGAAAAUAAAUAAAUUAUGCUGACUGAAAUAAAGAAAAUCUAAUCAACCAUACAGCUCAGUUUUUUCUACAUUUCUAAGUGUCUAUUAAAUGAACUGAGCUAUAAAAACAUCUAAGAAUAGUAAUUUAUUGGAUGUUAAAAUCCGAGAUAACUUUUUUAUAUAGAUUUACAUAGUAUUAAAAACUUAGCACUUAAUUGUUUAUUGAAUAAAAUAUUUUGUAGCAGAGAUAAUUAAAAAUAAGUGUAAAUUGUUGGCCGUCAUGUGUCUUUAUACUUAAAACUAAUAUUUGGUUUUGCUUUAAGAUAAGUAAAAUGAGUUUUCCUUAAUCUGACAUUAUUCAUCAUGAAUUUUUGAAAUCUUAUGGAAACCCUAAUUUUUCUUAAAUAUUUCAUUUUUCAAAAAAAAAAAAAAAGAUAUCUAGUUUUAUAUUAAUAAAAAACAUUUUCCAAAAUAAUGCAAAGUUCAAACUGCACUUUUUAUCUUUCCUAAUAACCCCUUGUCUAAACCUACAGAAUUUUAUCAAAAAAUUACCUCACUUUUUAAAGUUUAGGUACUAGGUUAUUACUGCAAUUUUUGGUUAUUUUGAAAAUGCUGUUUUAUAGUUUUUCUCAGCAGCACCAUCUGUUGAUGAACAUAGUUGCUAAUUUUGAAAUUUGUUUAGUAGAAAUAAUUUGCUUUCCUAAAUAGAAUGAAUCUAAUCUUACAUUUCUAUCCCUUUUAAAUUUUCUUUAAUUAAUUUUUUCAAAUUGUCAGUUAAUUAUAUUGUUACAAAUUUAUUUAUGUGCCUCAUACAUUCUUACUAAACUGCAAAAUUUGUUAUGUAUUUAUGUUUUCUUUUUAAAAACUCCUUUACUCAUCUUUUUGUCUGAAAUUUCCAUAGAUUUCAAAAUUCAUACUCUUGUUAAUAUAAUAUUAAACUAUGCAAUCUCAGAAUAAAGAAAAUUUUAAUUAAGCACUUUUUUUUAUACUUUUGUAUGAAUCUGUGAUAAUAUUUUUCAGUACAAUAUUUUGAAAAGCUACUAGCAUUUUUUUCUUAAUUCUACUGUUUGUUUUUUCUAGUUCUACUGUUUAUUGUAACAAAAUGUAUGAACUUAUUAUAUCUCUAGACAAAUGCCUUAUUUAUCUCUUCUUUAUUAGUGCCUGCUUUUCCCAUACCUGUUUGAACUUUCAUUUUGUACUUCAUGAAUAUUCCUAAUAAAGUAUUUUGAAUGCA